AAUACAAAAGCUAGCUAGUUAAGCAAAACAGUCACUACCAAUAUGGCCGUUAAUAUUGUGAAUUUUCGCUUGCAUUUCCCUUCGAUUCCUUGUAUGCUUAAACCAACUUCUUUUGCAUCUGUAAACCGAUCCUUUACUGCAGGCAAAGUUGUGAAAAUCUCUAGUAUUCGAUGUACUAGUACUCGUGAUAAAAUAUCGAUUGGUAGAAGAUCAGGAAGUUAUUCUCCUCCGACCUGGGAUUAUGAUUUUUUUCAAUCUCUUGCCAGUAGUUUUAAGGGAGAAAUUUGCAGUAGACAAGCUUGUGAAUUAAAAGAAAAUGUGAGGUUUUUGCUCAACAAAGAGGACUUGGACAGCCUCCAUAAACUUGAGUUAGUUGAUGCUAUUCAAAGACUUGGAGUGUCCUAUCACUUUGAGGAUGAAAUUAAGAGGAUACUGGAGGCUAUAUACAACAAUGAUGAAAAGUUAAACAGUCAGGAUCUUCAUGCCACAUCUCUGAAAUUUAGACUAUUAAGGCAGCAUAACUUUAGGCCUUGCUCCCGAGGUGUUAAUGUUCCUCAAGAUAUUUUUAAGCAAUUUAUGGACGAAUCGGGGAAAUUUAAGGCCAGCCUCAGGAAAGAUAUGAAGGGCUUGGUACAAUUGUACGAGGCAUCAUACCUUUCAAUAAAGAAUGAAGAAAUCAUGGACGAGGCGCAAGAUUUCACAACGAAGCACAUGACAGACUACAUAAAUGAUAUCAGCUGUAAAGAUGAAAAUCUUGUUAAACUUGUUUGUCAUGCAUUGGAGCUUCCACAACGUUGGAGGGAGCCGAGGCAAGAAGCUAGGUGGUUCAUUGAGUUUUAUGAGACGUCUGCACCAGCAGAAGAUUAUGUCUCUAGCUUGCUCUCCUUUGCAAAAUUGGACUACAACAUGGUGCAGGCAAUCUAUCAAGAUGAUCUCAAACACUUGUCAAAAUGGUGGAAGGACACGGAAUGGGGUGAAAAAUUAGGUUUUGCUAGGGAUAGGUUGAUGGAGUGUUUCCAUUGGAGUGUGGGCUAUAACCCUAACCCUGAGUUUAGUUAUGGAAGGAAGGUGCUCACUGCCGUGACAACCUUCAUAACUACCAUCGACGAUAUCUACGACGUUUAUGGUACUUUGGAGGAACUUGAAUUGUUGACAAAAUUAUCAAAAAGAUGGGAUGUGGCAGAGCUGGACCAGCUGCCAGAUUAUGUAAAGGUUUGUUUUAAAGUGUUCUAUGAUAAUAUCAAUCAAGUAGCCGAGGUUGCAGAAAGGGAACAUGGUAUCUCUGUCCUUCCUUACAUCCAAAAAGCGUGGACUGAUCUAUUUGACGCUUAUUUGGUGGAGGCCAAGUGGUACCACAGUGGAUAUAAACCAAGUCUCAGUGAAUACCUCGACAAUGCCUGGAUCUCAAUAACAGGGCCGGUAGUCCUUACUCAUCUAUAUUUCUUGACUGAACCAUCCUUCACCGACGAAGCCUUGCAAAGCAUCAUGAAUUGUCCCAAAAUAGUUCGUCUCGUGUCCAUGAUAAUUAGAAUUACAGAUGAUAUCGCGACCUCAGAUGGUGAACUAAAGAAGGGUGACACUCCAAAAUUGAUCCAAUGUUACAUGAAUGAUAAUGGUGUUUCGGAAGACGCGGCUAGAGAAUACGUUAAGCGGUUUUUGAUUGAGAUCUGGAAGGAGUUCAAUGAAGAGAUGCAAGCUGCAGAGUCUAUAUUUUCGAAGCCUUUUAUUGAUGUGUGCUUGAAUCUGGCUAGGAUAACUACAGCCAUCUAUAUGUAUGGAGAUGGACAUGGUGCACCAAAUGCUAAGGAUAUAGACCGUUCAACAUAUCUAAUCGUUGACCCGAUACCUAUUUAGGUUACUCUCACCAUCUUCAUCGUUAAUGUCUUGCAAUAAAUAAUGUACUGGUCUACUGCAAUAUUUCUAGCAUUCACCAUCUGAGCUGUUUUGUGAGUCGACUUUCGUAACUAGGGUUCUAGCCGCCACUUCUCCAUUUUUCAGAUCUUCAUCCCCUCACCGAUUAAAGCCCUUCAUUCUCCCAUCCUCUCUUCUAUUUACUGGUUUUCAAUAAAAAUUCGAUCUAAUCUUUUUUG